UAAGUGGCAUUUAUUUAAAAUUUUUGAUACCGGGUGUUAUUUAGACUUUUAUGUUGAAUUUUAGUCGCAUAGGCGAAGACCACACCUUAUUUUUGUAAAGAUUGGUAAAAAUGAGUAACUGUUAAAACGUCAUCUAUUUUCAGUAAUUGCUUCAUGGCGUGUUGUUAAUGUUGUGAAAAUAUAAUCAAGCAAAUAGUAUACUAAGCAGUUCAUAAAACAAAUUCGGCUAAUUUAUAUAGCAAUACGCGUCCCUUGCAGUUGCUUCGUUCCAUAACUUAGCAGGGGUUAUAAAGCAUCUGCGAAGAUGGCCAAUGUUGAUGAAUUCACGGAUUCUGAACUCCGGACCAAGCUUAUUGAGUAUGGCUUUCCUGUCAUGCCAAUCACUGGGACUACCCGUAAAGUCAUGGUCAAAAAGUUGAAACUUCUGAUGGAAAAUAAAGGGAAGACCAAUGACAGAAGAUCACUGGCCCAGUUUUCAAGUGAGGAGGAAAGUGAUAAUGACGUUAAGGUGAUUAAAAAGGAUAAGAAUCGAAGAGCCACAAUGGCUAUUGUACCACCAAUGCAGCCUCCCACAAUUAAGAAUGUAAAGAAGAUUUUAAGAAGCAACGAUGAUGAGGCUCCAGCUUCAAAAUCCACUGUGUUUGAGGAACGCAAAACGCGUUCUUCUAAAAUAGAGAUGUCUACCACCUCAAAAGAUAAUGACACAAACUCUGAUUCUGAAUCAGAAAUUGUGGAUACUGAUUACAAAAAGCCAGUGAGCAGAAACGUGUACAUCAGAAAAGAAUCUCCAAUCAAGACUUCAACUUAUAAAUAUUCCUCCAAUUCGAUAUCAUCUCCAGUGAGCGAUACCUUGGCAUCUAGGAAAUAUUUAUCAAAUCGCGUUUCGUCGUACGAUGCUAGCACAAGUCCAAAAGUAGACACAAGCGAAAAACUGAACCAGAUCAGAUCACGUCUGAGUUUGUCCAAUUCCGUGUACGACACCUCUGCCUACAACCCGAUGGAGUCGAAUGAUGGCACUGAGACGCCGUUCUUGAGCAAUUUCACGAAGCGCCUUUCGCAGUUGUCCAGCAACAAGGACGACUUCAAUUUUAAGUCUGAUGUAAUCAAAGAAAGUGACGCUAACGGAUCUAUCCCUUACAACAGGAGUUAUUUGGCAAGGAAUAAACCACGUGAAUACUCGCGCGAAUAUCACAGUACAUCAGAGCAAAGUGGAUCCACCAAAGGAGGAAAUUACAUAUCAUUUAUUCUAGUUGGUGCAGUGAUGCUCUUCUUUCUUGCCUUAACAAUUGUUUAUUGGGGAAUGCACAGCGGCGGCAGUAACAAUACUAGUGCCGGUCUCGACUUGCCGUUGUGCAAGCAAUUGGACGAAAACAGUCGAGCGCGAGAGAACUGUGUCAUUGAGGAUGAUGUUCAGGCGGCGGUGGAUUUCUACAGGGUCCUGCAGCCUAAGCUGACUACAAGAGCGAUCUCAACGAUCUGCGGCGAUACGGAACUGCAGCCGUAUAUGAGCGAAGAAGAGAUUAUCACCUUCAUUAAGGAUAAUUACCAAAGUCUAGACGAAUUCACUAUAACGCAAGAUUUGAGCAACUUUGUGAUUUUACUUUUCAAAAACAGCUUUUGGGGUGUUACUGUCUUGCAGAAGGAUGGACCUGAAGGAUCACUAUUACCUAUAGACUCGUUGGACGUCGUUUUGCGCAAUAAAAGGAAUGACUUUGAAACGUAUUAUGCCAUUUUAAAUCCGUCUUUACCAUUCCAAUGCAACUUUUACCUAAUACUGAUGACGCUUCUUAAAACAUCCUCAGCCAUCUUCGGUGUAGCUGCAGUGCUAUGGCUGUGUAAGAAGUCUUACAAAUACUUUAAAAAUUAUCAAAAGAAGAAGCAGGAGGAGAUCGUACUGAUGGUUGAGAAAAUCAUUGACAUUUUACAGUCACGUGCCUCAGAAGAAGCCGACAAUUUCCUUGUAAUUAAUCACAUCAGGGACAUGAUUUUACCAAUUGAUAAUAGAAAAAAAAUGGAGAAAACUUGGAAAAAAGCUGUUAAUUUCAUCAAUGAAAACGAAUCCAGAGUUCGCACAGAAGUUCAAGUCGUUAAAGGCGAACCAUACGAAGUUUGGAGGUGGUUGGGAAUCUUAAAUACUAGCCCAGCGCGAAGCAAAUCUUGGCAAGGACAAGCCUUUGAAACUCAAGAAGGAUCUGUGAAUAGUCUACCCUGUUCUCCAACCCCGUGUUUGAAAAUCAGAGGAAUGGUUGAUGAUGGAGACAGGAACUUGCACAUGAUUCGUGAGGCGGUUUUAGUGAAAUGCGCAGAGCAGUGCAAAGUCCUACACUGCUCCGUCGAUAGCAUCGCUAAAUGUGUUUACUUGAAGUGCGCAGAACAAGCCGAUGCCGCUAUUGCUUACAGAAACCUCCAUGGCUGGUGGUUUGCCAGUGAAUUAGUAACGGUGAAAUAUAUUCGUUUGGAACGUUACAUGCAGAGAUUCCCCGAUUCUCCGGAGAGUGGACCACCAUUUCUUACUGCGCAACCACCUUCAAAUAUGGUCUAAAUAAUUUCACUUUUGUAUAAACAAUAUAUCUAUUUAAAAAUGGUAUUUAGACUCUCAAGAACUCGUCAGGAGUUUCAAAAAGAAAAAUGCUGCAUAAUCUCAGUAUUUUUUUCUUCUUCAUCUUCAAUAUUUUAUUAUUAGUUUAUUCUCUUUUCUUAUUGCUUUAAACUAUUCGUUAAUUUAAUUUAAAAGAGAAAUAUGUGUGUCCGUGUGUUAAAUUGUUUAAGUUUAUUUUUAAUUAUUUGAUUCCAAUUGGAUUGUGAAUAUGUUUACGUUUAUUAUUAAGAGGAUCUUCUUAUUAUUGUUUAAUUAGGUUGGUAGAUGAUGUUGUAUCGAGAUGAAAUAUUCGCUUCACCGACAAUUUAUUAACAAUUUGCUAUUAAAAACAAUUUUCUAUCA